AUGCAAAGUGAUAACGGCGAACCGGACAGGGCCGCUCAUCCCGGGAUUUUCCUAACUAACGAGGCCGGGAAGAGCGACCACCAGCCGGCGGGGCGCUGCGUGGACUUCCCGGUGUCCGUGGUUCUUCCUGCCGGCGGCACCGGAGAGAGGACCGGACUGCAGACCCCCAAACAGUUCUGCUCGUUCCUGGGCAGACCGCUCAUAAGCUACACUAUCCAGGCUUUCGAGAGGGUGUCCUGGAUCCAAAGCGUCGUGGUGGUUGUUGCCAAAGAAAACACGGACCUGAUGAUCGACAUCAUCCAGCGCUUCCAGCACGGGAAGGUUCGGGUCGUGGCCGGCGGCUCGACUCGUCACAGGUCGAUAUGCAACGGAGUCCUGGCUCUGGGUGAGGAGGGGGAGGACGAGGGGAGGUCGGCGGCGGCGGACAGGCCCAAGGUGGUCAUCAUACACGACGCAGUGCGGCCUUUUGUGGAGGAGGACUUUCUGUACAAGAUCGCAAUGGCUGCCAAGGAACAAGGGGCGGCGGGAGCCAUCCGUCCUCUUGUGUCCACGGUGAUAGCCACCACGUCUGAGGGCUACCUGGAUCAUUCUCUGGAGCGGGCCAAGUACAGAGCCAGCGAGAUGCCUCAGGGAUUCACGUACGAUGUCAUCUGUCAGGCCUAUCAGAGGUGCAGUGAGUCAGACUUCGAGUUUGGCACCGAGUGUCUCCAUCUGGCUCUGCAGUACUGUGGCACCAAUGCCAAGCUCGUCGAGGGCCCGCCAACGCUGUGGAAGGUGACCUACAAGCGGGAUUUGGCUGCUGCAGAGUCCAUCGUUAAAGAGAGUCUGUCGCGAUCAGCCUGCGUCAUCACAGGUGCGUCAACAGGAGCUGUGACGCUGGCCGAUGCCCUCCAGAAGGCUGUGGGAGCUCUGGAUAUGGAGCUGGACGUCAUCCCAGAUCUGACGGGAGACAACGCCAGGUAUCUGUUAAAGGAGUGGAACUUCAUCCAGCUUUCUGUCGGUUAUUCAUGCCUGUCUGAAGUGGAGGCCAUAAAUGUCAUGUUGGAGUCAGAAUCCAAGGCUGUUGGUGUGUUAAGGCUGUUUUUAUGGGUGCAUUUGAGCAGCACGGAUGAGCCGUCCGUCAGCGGAAGGGCAGCAGAGCCAGCAGCAAUCAUGGACCUGGCCUCGGCAGCCAAGCUCCGAAAUAUACUCCUCUAUGGCAUCCAGCUUCAUCAGUCCAAGCGCUGGGAGAGGUCAGCGCUGAGGGUCGCUGAGAUCGCGUCAGCCUUGAUCCGGGACAGGAGCCCCGCUCUGGUGGGACAGCUUCUACAGGCAUGAAGGGAAGCAGCACCAACACCAAAUCCCCCAAGCGAUGAGUCAUGAGCGCUGCUGGGAUGAGACAGUUUGAGACAAUGACUUUCUGUUUCUCUCCAGAAUCUCUUAAACCUUGCAUCAGUGACUGCAAGGUUCAGGGAAUAGUCCCCAAAUGAGGUAUUGGAGACUUUCAGGACGGCUGUAAAAAGAGAACUGUCGAAAUCAAAAGCAGCACCGGCAGAGACGUCCCGACAUUUAGUCCCAUGUAUGUGCCAGAAUCCUAUGUUUCCUAUAAUGCAGCUCAGUAGCACCUUU